AAUACAAAAAAUGAAUACUGAAGAGCAUCUUGAAGAAAUUUUAAACAAAAUUGAAAUUCAAAAUAACAAUGAAGAAAUUACUUCACAUUGUAGUAUUUGUAAUAUAGAAAUGCAAAUUGAAGUUGAUUUUGCGGGAGCUAUCAUUUGUGAUCCAUGCGAAACCGGUGAAAAAAUUAGAAAACAACGUGUGCUUGGGAAUCAAGAACAAGAAAAUGCUGCUGAAAAAAUGUUGAAGGUUAGCAAUGCUAAAGUUCCUGAUUUUAAAAUUGGUGAUUGUGUUUUGAUAAGUGUACCUAAAAUAGACCGAGGACCAUCAGAUUCAGCCAAUGUAAUUGCAGUAAUUACAAAUCAAAAUAAACAUGGGCUUCACCAACUUGGAACUAAGUAUGGGCUAAUAAAAGGAUGGCAUAGUUCUGCAAAUGUAAAGCCUGCAUCAUCAAAUUUUUUGAAAACUGAUGAUGUUAAUUAUGAUAGAGUCAUAACUUUACGUGAAACAGUCGCUUAUAUUUCAAAGGGACAAGGAUUUUCUAGUUGUGUUUGUAAAGGCCAAUGUCAAACGAAUAGAUGUACUUGCCACAAAGCUGCUAUUAAGUGUAAUAGUCGUUGUCAUAAUACUACUAAUUGUAACAAUAAAUAGUAAAAAAUUUUUAAAGAUCUGUAUUGUAAUUAUUUGUAUUUGAUUAUCUGUAAAUUGGCUUUG